AUGAGUCAUAAUUUCACUCAUAAACAAAAUGAAAUAUGUUAUGCACAGGUAGUUAAUCCCUCCCAUCUUUGGGGAAUAAAUGUUUCCCCUCUUAAAGAUCCUGUUCCACAACUAAUAUUACAAAUGGCUUUAGCCAUAGGCGUCCAUCAUGGCCUCCUCCUUGUGUUUCAACGUUUUGGUCAACCUCGAUUUGUGUCGGAUAUCAUGACAGCCUUGGUACUUAGUCCAUCACUUUGGAGUAAUAUCCAUUAUAAUCUCAAAGAAAUGCUACUACCAGCAAAAUCUUUGACGAUCCUUGAGACAAUAGCAAACUUGGGGCUUCUUUAUGCCAUAUUUAUUCAAGCUUUACAAGCAGAACCUACUCCAAUUUCUCAUACUAGAGCUAAGAUGUUAUUCCUAUCUUUCCUUGUAUUCGUCUUACCUUUAUUUCUUGGAUGUGCCUUAUACAUAGCAUUCGAACGAUUCAUUAUGGAAGAGGCAACAAAAUCUGAUAAUCCUAUUGGAAUUAUAAGCAUCUAUUGGGGGACUACCAUAACAGCCACCGGAUUCGCAACCUUAGCUCCUAUCUUAGCCAAGCUUAAGCUAUUAUGCACGCAAGUUGGACAAGAAGCAUUGUUUGUAGGCUUGUUCAAUAGCUUCUGCACAUGGGGUCUUAUCAAUAUUACCUUAGCCAUCUCUACCUCUCCCAAUGAUCAUAACAGAAUAAACUUUGCAGCAACAAGUUAUGUCCUACUUUUUAUGGUCCUUUACAUGGCUCUAUGCUGUACAGUGAUUAAAACUACCAUGUCAAAGAUUGCGACGAAUGUGCCUGAAGGUCAAAUGUAUAGCAAUUUCAUGGUGCAAAUGAUCUUAUUUUUGGUCUUGGCGUGUGGAGUUCUUACAGAUUAUGUUGGUUCUCAUUUCAUCUUUGGCGCGUAUAUACUAGGGAGGAGUAUCCCCCCAGGAAUUCUGGCGAAAACAAUAAUAGAAAAGAUGGAAGAUUGUGUUGAUAGUGUUCUAAUGCCACUGUAUUUUAUGGUGAUAGGAAUUAAAGUAGAUAUCAUGAGUCUCGUACUAAACUUCAAAUACAUAUGGGUGAUCGUAUUGGCUGUUGCAACUAAGGUUUUAUGCACUCUUCUAGUUGGAGUCUUCUGCAAAGUACCUCUUCGUGACGGCUUGCCUUUAGGAGUUCUCUUAAGUUCCAAGGGGAUUCUACCAUUGGUACUCCUUAAUAUUGGACGUGAACGAGGGGUUCUAACGGGAGAAUUAUUUACCAUGUUGUUCUUUGUAAUAUUCUUGUCCACAAUUUUAGUUGGACCUAUAAUGAGCAUCAGUUAUAUACAAAUAAAGAAGCCUACUCAAUCAUAUGACGAGAGGAGUAUAGAAAGUUCAAAGUUUUCAGAAAAGCUUCGAUUAAUCACUUGCAUCCAUAGCUCAAUGAAUGUUCCUAGCAUCAUAAAUCUUUUAGAAAUAUCAAACAUUACAAACCAACACCCAGCAUUAGUUCACAUUACCCACCUUGUUGAGCUCAUAGGUCAUGCCUCAGCCAUGCUUGUUGAACACAAAUCUCAAGAUUCUUUCUUAGGCAACCUUUGUUCCAAGUUAUUCUUUGAUCGAGCGAGAGCCCAAUCUGAGCAUGUAAUAAAGGCAUUCGAUGUGUACAAGGAUCAACAACAUGAUAUGGCUAAUACCACAUUUAAAUUUCUUACAAUAGUGUCUCCAGUCCAUACUAUGCACGGCGAUAUAUGCAGUCUCGCCGAGGAUAAGGAGAUAUCCCUUAUAGUUCUUCCCUUCCAUAAGCAACAAGGAGUAGACGGAGAGUUAGAGGACACAAACGUCGAAUUUGGAGGUGUGAACCAAAAUGUGUUGGAUAUGGCUCCUUGUUCUGUCGCCUUGCUCGUGGAUCGAGGAUUAAGGAUGUUAUCUUUAUCUUCAACAUCCGAACAUUCUCUUGGUGAUAGUGGACGAAGUUGUGAAGAUGUUCACAUAGCUAUGGUCUAUCUAGGUGGCCCUGAUGACCGCGAAGCGUUGAGUUAUGCUUGGAGGAUGGUUGGCCAUUCAUAUGUCAAUCUUACAGUCAUUCGAUUUCUCGAAGGCAAUCAUGUUAUGGACGUUGUUAUUGAUUUCCCAAUUGACUAUGAAAAAGAGAAGCAAAUGGAUGAUGAGUUCUUGCUCAACUUUCAAGAAGAGACUUGUUAUGAUGCAUCAAUAUCCUACCUUGAGAAUGUGGUUAAUAAUGGAGAAGAAAUUAUUGAAUUAUUAAGGGAUAUGAAUCUUGAUAUUAAUUUAUACAUAGUUGGAAGAGGUAAAUCAAGGUUUUCUUUGCUAACAAUAGGUCUAGUUCAAUGGAAUGAAUGUAAAGAGUUAGGGCCAAUAGGAAAUAUUUUAGUAACAUCUGACUUUACCUCUAAUGCAUCAGUGCUUGUCAUACAACAAUAUGUUGGUGAAAUGAAUCAAAAAGAUAGCGAGAAUAAGUCUAGUGAAGACGAAAAUGAGUUUGUUAGUUCUUAG